UGACCAACAUGAAGGAAGGUAGGGCUAGAGGCUAGAAAGAGCAAGAGAGUUAGGAGGCUGGAAAGUUAGCAAGAAACAGAAGUGAGAGACGCACCCUGAAAAAGAUGAGAGAAGAUCAUUAGUGGAAGGGGAAACUGUGAGAAGGAAGUAGAUUUGGGAGGAGAGGCAUAAAGACACACAGGGAGGAUAGGUGGGGAAGGAAAAGGAGGUCAGACUAGGAGAUGACGAAGUGACAAGAAUAAGCCUGCAGUGAAGGCGGAGAGAGCGACCGAUGGCAGCAAGUGCUGCUGGCUUCUACUGAGGAGGUGCUAAGAGCUCUGGCUGGUUUGCCUGUUGUGGUGGUACCAUUUCAGCUUGGCCCACAGGAUGAUGAAGAGGCAGUUUAACCGGAUGCGGCAGCAGCUCAGUUACCCAAGUAGCAGUGGACGAGCCCAAGAAACAGCGGAAUACUUGACGGAAGACUUGCUCCAGACUGAACAGAGAAUUGAACCAGUCAAACGGGCAGCACACAAUGUGCAUAAGAGGCUUGUGGCUUGCCUCCAGGGGCAAUACGGGGCAGACCUGGACAAGCGGGUGAAAAGGUUACCUUUGAUGGCCUUAUCAAUCACCAUGGCUGAAAGUUUUAAGGAAUUAGAUAUGGAUUCCAGUCUUGGGAAAGCUCUAGAAAUGAGCUGCUGCAUUCAAAGCACGCUGGCCAGGAUCCUUGCAGAGUUUGAAAUUACCCUUGAACGAGAUGUCCUACAACCCCUGAAUAAACUGAGUGAGGAGGAGCUGCCUAUCAUCCUGAAACACAAAAAGAAUCUUCAGAAACUUAUUCUGGACUGGAACACCAUCAAGAGCCGCCUAAACCAAGCUGCCAAGAAUUCCAGUAACAGCACCAGCGCUGUCACAACUUCAGCAGCCUCAUCAGCUGCCUUAAAGUUGGAGAAUCUGAAGGAGGAAGAGGAAGAGAUGAAGAGGAGGGUUGAGCAGAGUAAGGAUGAGUAUAUGGCAGACUUAUAUCAUUUUUCAACCAAGGAGGAUAGCUAUGCCAAGUACUUUAUCAAAUUGUUGGAAAUCCAGUCAGAGUAUCAUCAGAAGUCUCUGGAAUCUCUAAAUUCUACCUUGGCAGAGCUAACUGGUUUUCACAACCAAUCAGAUGCCCCUUUUCCAUCAGAUGCAGCCAUGCCAGGGGUGUAUGGAAUGCCAUUAGAGACUCACCUGAAGGCUUCUGGGCGAGAGAUUGCACUUCCCAUUGAAGCCUGUGUUAUGAUGCUGCUGACCGCAGGUAUGCAGGAAGAGGGGCUCUUCCGCCUGGCAGCUGGAGCUUCUGUGCUGAAGAAACUAAAGUACUGUCUUGACAGUGGCUCAAAUAUUCUGGAUGAGUUCUAUGCAGACCCUCAUGCUGUGGCGGGUGCACUAAAAUGUUACCUGCGAGAAUUGCCACAGCCUUUGAUGACCUUUGAACUCUACGAUGAUUGGCUCAAAGCUGCCAGUGCCAAAGAGUCAGAAAUUCGACUAGAGUACCUCAAGGAUGCUUGCAAUCAUCUCCCCAAGGACAACUACAACAAUCUGAGGUAUCUGAUUCGUUUUUUAGCCAAGCUGGCUGAACAACAGGAAGUGAAUAAAAUGUCCCCUAGCAACAUUGCCAUUGUCCUAGGGCCCAACCUAUUGUGGCCCCAACAGAAUGAAAGGUCCCAAGUGCAGCUAGAUAUAGCUUCUGUAUCCUCCAUCCAAGUUGUGGGAGUUGUGGAGCCUCUCAUACAAAAUGCUGAGAUCCUCUUUCCAGGAGAUAUUGACUUCAGUGUCUCCAGUCUGUUCACUCCUCCAUUAGACAUCAAAAAUCAAAACAUUCCCACAACAGAAGAAACCACAUCAGUGUUCCUGCUUUCUGAACCUAACUCCCCUUUGCCUGAAAGGAAAAAUGCUGAGGUGAUUCCAGAAACAGUGUCCUCAAAAGUGACCCAGCCUUCUACUGAAACAACAGUCUGCCCCCCUACCUCUCCUCCUGCCGAUGAGGCCUCACGAAAAACAAAGCGGGUUGCUCCACCCCGACCUGCCAUGCCUCCACCCCAUCCUCAAACCACACCACCUGUUCACAUCUCUCCUGCCCCAGAGUCUCCCUCCAUCCCUAAAGCCCUGCCUCGAAGAACAGGAGGGGGGGCAGUGCGAGCUCCAGUUGGGCCACCUCCACUUCCUCCCCAGCCAACCAGACGCCAGAGUCACAAAGCUCCGCCAUCACCCAGGCCUCCUUCAGAAGCGAUGAACAAUAAGGCAGCUGCCACUGAAGAUGCUGCUACUAAUGCUUGCAGUAUAGAAAUGUGCAAAGAUUCCAUCCCUACAGAAAAAGAGGCCAACAUGGGAGAAAACAGCUCUCCAUCUGCUGCCGAUCAGAAGGCAGAAACUCUGGAGAAUGGAACGGUGCGCUUCCGAUUGGCUGCGUCGCCGCGAGGAAGACGGGGGCGGGCUGGCGAGUGCGGUUCCAGCAUGGCGGGCUGCAGGCGGUUGAGUGGCGCUUGCCUGCGCGAGGUGCUGGGGGAGGCGCAGGGGCUGCUCUUCGACUGCGACGGGGUUCUGUGGACCGGCGACCGGGCGGUUCCGGGCGCGCCGGAGCUGCUGGAGCGCCUCAGCCAGAACGGGAAGACCACCCUGUUCGUAUCCAACAACAGCCGCCGCUCCGUGGCCGAGCUGGAGCGUCGCUUCUCCCGCCUGGGCUUCCGCGGCGUCCGCGGCGAGCAGGUGUUCAGCUCCGCUCUCUGCUCCGCGCUCUACCUCCGCCAGCGCCUUCUGGGCGGGGAAGCUGGCGCCGGCGAUUCGCCCGCGUCGACCCCGGGCCGCGUCUUCGUGCUGGGCGGGGAAGGGCUGCGCGGGGAGCUGCGCGACGCGGGGCUGCGCCUGGCCGGAGAAGAAGGGGACGGCGAUGAAGAGCCGCCGGGCCAGGAGGCCCCCCCGGUGCGCGCCGUCGUCGUCGGCUACGACGACCAGUUCACCUUCGCUAAGCUGUCAGAGGCCUGCGCCUAUUUGCGCGACCCGCAGUGCCUGUUGGUAGCCACCGAUCCAGACCCUUGGCACCCGCUUAGCAGUGGGCAGCGCACCCCUGGGACAGGGAGUCUCACUGCUGCAGUUGAAACAGCAUCUGGUCGCAAGGCAACAGUAAUUGGAAAGCCUAACACAUACAUGUUUGAAUGCAUUGUGGAGCGCUUUGGUGUAGAUCCAUCCCGCAUGCUCAUGGUGGGUGAUCGGCUGGAGACGGAUAUCCUGUUUGGCAAGAACUGUGGCCUUGAUACAGUCUUGACCCUGACAGGUGUCUCAUAUUUAGAGGAGGCACAGGCUUACAUGGCCAGUGACAGCCCUUCAGCUAAGGACCUGGUGCCUCACUACUAUGUGGACAGCAUUGCAGACUUGAUACCAGGCCUGGAUGAAUAAGGGCAGAAGUGGGUGGCUAACAGUCCUGUUCCCAUUCCAGACUGCCAACCUUUCCUCCUCCUGCCUCCCCCCUUGAAUCUGGGCUCAUCACAUUCCAGUGUUUCUUCAAGAAUGAAGGGAGUGGGGCUAAUUCCCCUCUCAUUCUUUAAGCUUCAUCGGCUUUAUUUUAGACAGCAGUAGGGGAGCAGGGAAUCUAAUGUGAAAAAGUAGGUUGUUUACAGGCCAAACCAGUAUUUAUUUAUUUAUUACUAUUUUUCAUCACUUGCCAUGGUAAUUAUUUAUUUAAAUUAUUUUUGUCUUACUGUAGCCAAUAGUGGUGGUCUUACUGUUGGCCUCUGCUUUCCUUUGAAGCACAAUGAUGAGCUUGAUGUGCUUUUAUAGUGUUUGUCCCCGGGUUUAAAUAUAACCACUGCCAUUCCAUGCCAGUUUUGGAGUUCUUCUCCAAGGACUCAGUGCUGUGCAAAAGGAAACAUCAGAUACCAGUUCAGAAAAUGUAGCAUCGUGCCUCCACAAAAUGGUCCUUUGGGUUUUUUCCUGCGGGUGUAUAUGUGGCUGAAGUUCAUUCAAGCAAUUUAGCUUAUCCAAGAGUCGUAAGAGCUAAGACUAGUUUCUUAAUGCGAACUAAAUAUAGGAGCCAUUCUAGCAGAGUUGAGUAAAUUCUUCCACAGGAUUUGCUCCAAAGCACUUUGUUUUGUGCAGGAAAGAAAAUGCCCGCUGUCAUAAGGAACUCAGUAUCCACAGUAUGUAUAAAUUGGAUUACAUUUUAAUAACUUUUUUCUGUCUUGAGUUUUAUCAAGUUAAUUUUUUUUUAACCAAUCCUAUUUCAUUUUGGUGUGUGGAAUUGCUACUGCUGCAACAAACUAAGUUGCAUAUAACUAUAUUUUGUGCCACAGUGUUUAGAACUGACUGUGACUUCAUCUUGGUAAUCCUUCCGUAGUCACAGCCUCCAGACAUUCUUGCCUAAGAACGUGAUGCUUUUUCUUUUCUUUUCCCUAACUGGGCAAACUGAUAGACUUCGUCAGUAAAUAAUUUAGCUCCUCUCUGUGCCUGAUACUGAUACAAUACACCACUAUUCUAGGGGAGGGAUGAAUGUGUGUUCUCUCCUCCUCCUGCCCUGCCAUGGUGUGCUUGACUUGUGGGAUAAUGUUGGCAUUUCCAGUGCUGUCAGUGUGCCACAGCAUUCCCAAAUCAGUCCUUGCUACUUUUCUUCUAAUGGUUUAUUAUGUAUUUAUUAAUGUGUUUGUAUAAAUUAUGCUAAUCAAUUGUGCCAAGGUGGUAUGUUGCCUCUGGGCUUAUUCACUAACUGUACCUCCAUGAUGUUGUGCUUUUUCUGACACUUGCUGUCAUUCUGCAUAUAAUAAAUCACAGGCACAAGAUGGAA